AUGUCUACUCCACCAAAUAAUGCCGUGUCCUGUGAGAAACUCAUAGGAGCCAAUUUUCAUGUUACGAUUACCGACUCGAGGAUUCUCGAAGGUAUAUUGACGGUAAUUGACCCAUUUGGAAACUUGCUAUUAUCAAAUGUCUACGAAACUUCAAAGGAUAAAUUUGACAAGACUAAAUUGCAUGUUAGAGAGAUUGGGUUGGUUAGUGUGCCAAGAGAGACUAUAGUCAACAUUAAGGUUGACUCAAAGACACACAAGAAUAUAUUUGGUAAAAUCUAG